AUGAAGAUUGCAUACAGUAUAAGCUUAAUAUGUCUGCAUGAAUUUGAUUUCACAUUUCAGUAUCAAGUUUGCCGUUGCAAGCUGGAUAGUAAAUGUGAAGCAUUGUUGAUAUUAAGUAAAGAAUUAGACCAAUGUCGUAGUGAAAGAGACCAGUUUAAGUUAAUGGCAGAACAACUGAGAGAAAGGUAUCAAGCAAUAAAAAGACAAAUGACAGGCCGGAGUUUAGUUCAGUUAUUAUGUGAUACUAAAGAAGUUAAAAAAUCAUUAAAAUUUGAAGUUGAUGAUUUAAAACAGAAAUUAAAUGAUGCACAAGGAGACAUUAAGUUAUUACGUGAACAGAUAGCCAGACAAAGAGUUGGUUCUACAGAUGAGGGUAUGACAACCAGGCAUUUCCCAGCUUAUGAAAGAGAAGAUUUAGUUAAACAAUUAGAAGCCUCAAGAGAACAGUAUCUUCAAUUAGAACAUGAUCUACAACAACUAUUAGAUGAAAAAGAAGACCAAGAAACUGAACUUGAUGCCUAUAAAAGUAAAUAUGAGAACCUGAAUAGAGAAUUAAAUUAUAUAUUAAAAGGAGAUGAAAAGAGAAUAGUUGAUAUUGAUGCUCUUGUUGCUGAAAAUAAAUUUCUAAAUGAAAGAUUAAAGCAAAUGGAAGAAGAAAAAUCAAUGGCCAUGGCAACAGCUUCUAAAUAUAAGAGUAUACUAGAAAGAAGAAAAAAUAAAGGUAUAUUAAAAUUUGGACAAAGUAGAAGUGGUGGCUUAGUAAUAACACAAAAACAAGUGGGCCAGAUGUUACAUAAUCCAACAGGGAUGCCUUCAACUCCACAAGCUAUGGCUGAUUUACAGGGUUUAUGUGGAGCUUUAUUAGAUACCAUCAAUGAUAAAAAUUUGGCUUUAUCACAUCAACGUAAAACUAAUAAACUUUUAGGUAGCCGAGUCUCAGAACUUGAGAAAAAAUUAAAAACAUUAGAAGUUGCUGGAUUAUGGAAUGUUCCAGGUAUGAUUUUGUUUAUUUGCUCUUGUAAAUCAUAUUGCCCUUGA